AUGUGGAAUGUUCGUGGUUUUAAUCGGCCUGAAAAAGUUUUAAGUUGUAAAAGGCUUAUUAAUUCUUUCAAGCUUGAUAUGCUGUGUUUGUUGGAGACCCGUAUACAUGCUCCUUCUCUUCUCGGCCCCUUUUUUGACUCUUCUCACUCUCUCUUCCCGAAUGAAGUUAGUCUCAACAACUUUAAUCUUUCCUCCUCUGGGAGGAUUUGGAUUAAAUGGGAUGAAAAUAAGUUAAAUUUUGUUCCAACUCUGGUUACCUCACAGCUGAUUAAUGGGUUGGUUACUGUUGGUAGUCUUCUCCCAUUCCAGAUUUCUAUUGUUUAUGCUUCUAACAAUGCAACUGGCAGAAAGGAUCUCUGGUCAUCUUUAAACAUGGUAGCUCCUUCCUCUGAUCUUCCUUGGGCUAUUUUUGGGGUUUUCAACUGUUGUCGGUUUGCUAAUGAAAAAUCGGGUGGAUCUGCUAUACAUCAUUCACAUCUGGUGGAUAUCAACAAUAUGAUCUUUGCAAAUUGUUUGGUGGAUAUGCAUUCAGUGGGUAACUUUUUUACUUGGUAUAAUCAGCAAGCUUUAAAUCCUAUUUUUAUAAAGCUAGACCGUGCCCUUGAUAAUGAGAAUUGGAUGAAAAAAUUUCCUAAUGCUUACUGCUCCUUUCAAAAUCCGUCCUGUUCGGAUCAUUCCCCCAUUAUCUUACACUCUGGGGUUUCCUUUAAGCCUCAUCAUCGUUUUAUGUUUAAGAAUUUCUGGACUAAAAAUGACAUAUUUUGGGCUUAUCUUUUAAAUGCAAUCUCUUUGCCUUUAGUUGGUAACCCUUUAUCUCAUUUUUGUUAUGUUCUUAGACAUUUAAAAGGUGCUAUUAAAAAUCAAGAUUGGGCAAACUCUAACUCCCUUAAUACUCAGCUUGAGUUUCUUCAUGAUAAGCAACAGAACAUUCUUGAUCUUCUUAUGAGCAACCCCUUGGAUGAUUCUCUUGUUGCCUCUCUUAAAGACACAAAUUUGCAAAUUUCGGAUGUCUCUUCAAAGCAGGCUAGUUGGAUUAUUCAAAGAGCCAAAUUAAAUUGGUUGCAACACGGUGAAGAUGAUAUUAAAUUUCUGUAUGGGAAAAUCAGAAGUCGUAUUGGUAGUUCUAAAUCACUUGUCAACUUACUUACUGCUAAUCCGAAUAUGGAGAAAGGAGAUGUUAUCAAUUCCAUUAUUAAGCAUUUUCAGGAUCUGUUUAAUCCUGCUCCACCUUAUUGUACUAAUUUACUUUCUCUUCCAAUUUGUACUAUUAUUCCUUAUGCUUAUGCUAAUUUUCUUGUUUCUCCCAUUUUGGAUGAUGAAAUCAAAGCUGCUGUCUUCAAAGGUUCUUCUAAAUCUUCACCAGGGUAUCUCCCUAGUGGUAUUAAAACCACUGCUCUUGCAAUUAUUCCCAAACAUAGAAAUGUUGUGGCUAUUUCGGAUUAUAGGCCCAUCUCAUUGUGCAACACUCUAUACAAAAUCAUUGCCAAGAUCAUUGCUCAUAGAAUGAGCUCAAUUAUGCCUAUUAUUGUUAAAGAAACUCAAGCUGGAUUUGUUAAGGCUAGAUUAUCAACUGAUAGUAUUCUUCUUGCUAGUGAUAUUCUCUCUUUUGUCAAUAAGAAAGGAGCUGGUAACAUGUUUUGUGCCAAGAUUGAUAUCAAAAAGGCCUUUGAUUCUGUUUCCAGAGAAUUUUUACUCGCUCGUAUGCUGCAAAAAGGUUUCCCUAAGCCUUUCAUUAACUGGAUAAAGGCGUGUAUUUCAAAUGUUAAUUUUUCUGUGAUCAUUGAAGGUGCAUUGGAAGGUUUUUUCUCCUCGUCUGCAGGACUUAGGCAAGGUUGCCCCCUAAGCCCUUUCCUUUUUUGCUUAGUUAUGGAUGUUUUCUCCAAUCUGCUUGAUGAAAGAGGUUUCAAAGGUUUUAAAGUUGAUAACUUUCAUAUAUCUCAUCUUUUAUAUGCGGAUGAUGUCUUAAUCUUGGGAGAAGCUACAUUAGAUAACUGUAGAAUUCUUUCUUCUACUCUUGAAGAAUUUGCAAAUGUAUCCAGGUUGCAUAUUAAUUAUGAUAAAAGUUCUGUGAUGUUUUCUAAGAACACUAGAAAUAGGGAUUUGCUUUGCCAAGUUUUAUCUAUUUGCAAUGUCAGUCAUAAAUUAGUAUACCUUGGUAUCCCUAUCUCCUUCACUAGACUUAAAGUUGAAGAUUUCUUGCCUUUGAUGGAUAAAAUUCAUAAGAAAUUUAUGGGGUGGAAGGCCAAUCUUUUAUCUUUUGCUGGGAGAUUACAGUAUUUAAAGUUUACCAUCCAGAAUACUAUCGCUUAUUGGAUUAGAGGUUCCAUCUUACCAAAGACUGUUUUUAAGUUUUUUAGAAAGACUUGUUCCAAAUUUCUGUUUUUUGGAGACAUCACUAGCCUUAAAAAACUGCACAUGGUCUCUUGGGAUUCUGUUUGUUUGCCUAAGCAGAAAGGGGGUUUGGGCAUCCCCUCGAUUAAUGCACUUCAGUUUGCCUUUAACUGCUCUGUCAUAUGGCGUAUGUAUAACUGUUCUUCCCCUUUAUCCAAUUGGUUAUCUGCUCAUUAUAUUUCUCCUUGGAGACCUCCUUCUACUAAAGAUAGCAAAUUCUGGAUUUCAAUUUGUAAAACUGCAGUAUCUGUCAAGAAGAAUUUCACUUUUAUUAUUACUCCAAAUGCAUCCAUUUCUGUAUGCUGGGAUCAUUGGUGCAACAACACUACUUUGGCUGAGUUUGUGGGUGGUGCGUCUCUGGAUUAUUUCCCGCAUCCUUUUUUGAAGAGUUAUAUUUCUAACUCUAAUUGGGUUUUUAAUAGUCUCACUCCUCAAAGUUUGAAAAUUGCUCUUGGUAGUUUUCAAAUUGUGGAGUCUGCUAUCUCCUGUUUGAUGUGGAAGAAUGAUCCUAAACCCAAAUUUAAAGACUUUGUGGAGGAUUACUAUAUGGACUUUUCUGAUUGUAGCUGGCACAAGUUUAUCUGGCACAAAAAGCAUAUUUUGAAAAACUCUGUCUAUGUUUGGCUUGCUUUGGUUGGGGGUUUAAAAAUCCAGGAUGCUCUUAGGCACAGAAACAUUUAUGUACCGGUGGUUUGCUCCCUAUGCAACUCAAUAUCUGAGUCAGUUAAUCAUCUUUUCUUUGAGUGCACAUAUUCUUUUGAUAUUCUUAACUCUUUAAUUCCUGGAACUAGGAAUUUUCUGUUAAGACCAACCAUUUUGCAAUUGUUUAACUGGAUGGAUAAUGAAUUCUCUGGAGCGUUUUUGAGCUUUUAUUUGCUGAUAGUUCGGACUCUUCUAUGCGACUGGAGCUUAACUGGAAUUGCUCGAUUGCUGGCUUUUUGGUGGUCUGGAUUAUUUGCUGCAGUCACUGAAUUUUUUUGGAUCCUCCGUGUUCUAUGA